AUGUCAUCGACAAGAAAACGCAAAAGAAACCAGACGACCGACAUAGAUGACGAGGAAGAAUUCCCGAGUGGCCUUAAAGUAGAAAGGGUGAAAAAGGAUGAAUUGGAUUAUAGCUAUCCUUCCGGUUUUGAUAAAGAAACAGCAAUAUCUUUGGACGAGACUGCUUACAAACUAGCUGGAUCGCAACCCUAUGAGGGUCACAGCUUUUCUACUUUAGAAGCAUCAGUGGGAAGCACAAUGGCGCCAGAGCAAGAUAAGCCAGUAGUUUUACAAAACUUAGGAUACAUAGCUAAUGUUUCGGGUAGCUUAGACAAAGAUAUAUAUGAUAUAAGCAGCUCUGAAGUAGAACAACCACGAGAAGCCCUCAGGAGAAAGAGAAAUACUGUCAAACUCUUAGGUGCAAAAACAAUUUCUAGUGAAAUCCACGACUCUCGGAAAUCAAUCUCAAAGAAAAAUUUUGGCGUUUCGGAGGUGGCUAAAAACAAAAGAGAACCGAAAAGAAAUCUUUUGAAGUCAACUCAGCAUGGCUCAGUUGAUGAAAAUACGCGCAAUGAAGAUAGAAGGAUAUUACCAGAUCUUAACACUAGUGAGAAGAAGGUGGCAAUAGUUGAAAUACCCUCACUAAAUCUUGGACAAAUCCCUAAAUUAGAAAAAGCUCACAAAAGUCACAAACAAGAACGAGGAGAUGAACUGGGAAUCGUCGCAAAUACUUCCAAAAUAGGCAAAAGGCAAUAUACAAAAUCAGCUGCUAGACUGAAGCGGAUGAUGAGCCCUAUUAUUGAAAUUCAAUGCUUAGAUCCUGAGCCAACUUCUAUAUCGCCAAGCUUACAUUCCUCCAAAGCUCAGGUGACACACCCUCAAAACUCCUCGUCAAAGCUUCUGGAACCGUCUAAGGAAAACAUCAAAAGUAUAUUAUCCCCAACUAAGAGAAAAGAUCAUCAGAAGAAAAAGAAUGUUGUCUUCAAAAUUGGAGAAGAUUUGGAUCUAGGAUUCAAAGAUUUACCUGUUGGUAAGGGUACAAAUAAGCAACAGAUUGAAAUAAAUUCUAUUAAUAAAGCUGGAGACAAAGCCUUUGUCGAUAUCUCUGAGCCGGAAGAUGACACAGCAUGCGAGGUAUGUCGACGGUAUGAUGUUGAGAAAAAUAAUCCCAUGCUUCUGUGUGAUGGCUGUGAUUCUGGGUAUCAUGUUAAAUGCAUAGGUCUCUCAAAAGAGCCUGAAACUGAAAUGUGGUUCUGCCAUAUAUGUAAAUCACGUGUAUCUCACACGCAAAGACAUGAUUUAGGGCAUGUGGAACCAGUAGAUUGUUUUCCACAAAUCGAAAACUUUGACAAUAUUCUUAUGUGCCACCAAAGAGAUAUCCUUGAUAGGCUGACAGGUAGAAAAUUGAUAAAAUUGAAAGGUCUUGAGGAUGAAAUUCUUAAAGUUCGCCAAAUUAUUGAAAACACGAUUCUGGCUGGGGAGGGAAAUUCAAUGUUGAUAGUAGGCGCUAGAGGAACUGGAAAGACAGCCCUUGUAGAGUCAGUGAUAUCAGAAGUAUCAAAGCUCCACCGAAAGAACUUCCACGUUGUCAGACUAAAUGGACUUAUUCAUACUGAUGAUAAAAUAGCCCUAAAAGAGAUUUGGAGGCAAUUGGGGCGGGAAAUGGAUGUCUUCGACGAGCCUACAGGAAGGCCUAGUAAUCAUGCAGAUAUAUUUGCAUCACUGCUAGCUCUUCUAUCACAUCCAUCCGAGAUCUCCGGUACAGAUUCUAAUCAAACCGCUACGUCUGUAAUAUUCGUCAUGGAUGAGUUUGAUUUAUUUACAUCUCACUACCGUCAAAUAUUGCUCUACAACCUAUUUGAUAUUGCCCAGGCUAGGAAGGCACCAAUCGCAAUUCUUGGGCUCACGACCAAAGUUGAUGUCGCGGAAAAUCUUGAGAAGCGGGUGAAAAGUCGAUUCAGCCAUCGAUUUGUCUAUCUUUCUCUACCUCGAAGCCUCUCAGCAUUCUGGGAAAUCUGUAAAGAAGGCUUAAUGGUUUCUGAAACUAUGGAGAAAAACACUUCGUUGCUCGACCAUGCUGCUGGCUCUCAGGAAUUUAAAUCUUACUGGAAAAAUAUGAUACAAAAUCUCUACUUCAAAGAUGAGGCCUUCAUUCAACACAUUCAGGCUAUAUACUAUCAAACUAAGUCGGUGUCAACAUUUUUCAAUUCGUGCAUCCUUCCUAUCGCCAACCUCUCAUCCAGGAACCCCAUUCUCCGGGGUGAAAGCUUUGUAUCAAUUCUCAUGCCCCUCUCAGAGCCGGAUUCCAAGUUACAAAUACUCCAAGGAUUAUCCGAGUUGGAACUAGCGUUAUUAAUUUGUGCUGCGCGCCUUGACAUAAUUUUGGACACAGACACUUGUAACUUCGCCAUGGCCUACGACGAAUAUAUUUCAUUAGCCUCACGACACAAGAUAAUGGCAUCGAGUAGUGGAGUAGUCGCGAUUGGCUCUAGCUUCAAAAUUUGGGGGCGAGACAUCUCUAUUAGCGCAUGGGAGAAGUUAGCGGACUACGAACUACUUGUACCAGCUGGAUAUGGGGGUAAUCAAGGAAAGUAUUUAGGAGCAAGUGAACAGAUGUGGAGAGUAGAUGUCGGCCUCGAAGAAAUAGCUGGUAGCGUGGAAAGUCUGGGUGGAAUCAUGUCCAAGUGGUGCAAGGAAAUUUAA